AUGAUUUUCGAUCCAGAUACUAUCGAUAUUCCCAAGUCUUACGAGACUCUUCCAUUGACCGAUGUCAAAGUCUCCCACCACCCGGCCGGGGCUCCUGAAGCAACCCCUGUGAUUAUGGUGACACUAAACCGACCGGAAAAGCACAAUUCAUUCACUUUGGAGAUGAUGCAUGUGUUUGAGAAGAUAUACCCCAUGUUUGAUGUUGACGAACGAGUUAAAGUCGUGGUGCUUACUGGUGCUGGCAAGAUGUUCUGUGCGGGUGCGGACCUUGAGCGAGGAUUCAGUGGAAUGGAGAAGGAGAGAAACAAGGAUCACCGUGAUAGCGGUGGCCGUCUCGCCUUGGCCAUCCACCGCUGCCGCAAGCCUACUAUAGCGGCUAUGCAGGGCUCCGCUGUCGGAUUGGGUAUGACAAUGUCUCUGCCGGCUGCCAUACGCAUUGGCUGCCAGAAGUCCAAGUACGGAUUUGUCUUCCCGCGACGGGGUCUAACGAUGGAAUCAAGCUCUUCAUUCUUUCUCCCGCGGUUGAUUGGCUAUUCAAAUGCUCUGUAUUUAAUCACAACUGGCGGCAUCUUUCCUCCUACGUCGCCAAAUUUUGGGACGCUGUUUCAGGAGACAUAUCCUGAGCCAGCCCAGGUAGUCGGGCGUGCUUUGGAGCUUGCGACGGAAAUUGCAGAGAAUGUUAGCCCUAUGGCAUCAUAUCUUUCGCGGGAACUCAUGUGGCGGAAUCCAGGGAGUGCUGAGGAGACUCAUAUAGUUGAUUCGGCGGUGCUGUACCAUAUGUUUAGUGGGAAGGACUCAAAGGAAGGCAUCGAAGCAUUCUUCGAGAAACGAAAGCCAAAUUUUAAUGCAACUCUUGAGGGUGAUGCCCCGCCCAGCUUUCCUUGGUGGUCUGAUGUUGAUACCGGGAGACGUCCGAAGGCAAGCAAGGCGAAAUUGUAG